GGCUGAGGGACACGACAGGCCAGGCGGGGGGUGAGGAGGCCUGGGUGGCUGCAGGCUGGGCCCUGCUGAGGCCGCUCUUCACACGCAGGCUGGAGCUCAGACACCCCCUGGGCCCGGGCCAUCAUCACUGCCAAUGCCGCCGCCCGAGGAGGGGCACCAGGAGGGGCUAGUGGAGCUGCCCGCCUCGUUCCGGGAGCUGUUCACCUUCUUCUGCACCAAUGCCACCAUCCAUGGUGCCAUCCGCCUGGUCUGCUCCAGUGGGAACCGCCUCAAGACGACGUCCUGGGCGCUGCUGUUCCUGGGUGCCCUGGUCGCACUGUGCUGGCAGCUCGGGCUCCUCUUCCAGCACCACUGGCUCCGCCCGGUCCUCAUGGCUGUCUCUGUGCACUCGGAGCGCAAGCUGCUCCCCCUGGUCACCCUGUGCGACGGGAACCCACGCCGGCCGAUUCCCAUCCUCCGCCAUCUGGAGGUGCUAGACGAGUUCGCCCAGGAGAACAUCAACUCUUUGUACAAGGCCAACUUCAGCAAAGGGAGAGAUGCCCUCGCUGCCACCGCCUCCCGCCUUGAUCCCCACUUCCACCUGGACCGGGAGAUCCGUCUGCAGAGGCUGAGCCACUCGGGCAGCCGAAUCAGAGUGGGGUUCAGACUGUGCAACAGCACGGGCAGCGACUGCUUCUACCGCGGCUACUCAUCAGGCGUGGCGGCCAUUCAGGACUGGUACCGCUUCCACUACAUGGACAUCCUCGCCCUGCUGCCCGCAGCGUGGGAGGACAGCCACGGGAGCCACGGGAGCCAUAAUGGCCGCUUUGUCCUUUCCUGCAGUUAUGACGGCAAGGAUUGCCAGGACUGGCAGUUCCGGACCUUCCACCACCCCACCCACGGCAGCUGCUACACCGUUGAUGGCGUCUGGACAGCCCAGCGCCCCGGCAUCACCCACGGUGAGUGCCAGUCGGUGGCCAGUUUGGGGCAGGGGUGCAGGUCAGAUGGCCUCACACCAACCCUUGGCCUCCCAGGAAUCGGCCUGGUCCUCAGGGUUGAGCAGCAGGCCCACCUCCCCUUGCUGUCCACACAAGCCGGCAUCAAGGUCAUGGUCCACGGCCACAACCACACGCCCUUCCUGGAGCACCACAGCUUCAGCAUCCGGCCGGGGACAGAGACCACCAUCGGCAUCCGAGAGGACGAAGUGCACCGGCUCGGGGGCCCUUACGGCCACUGCACGGCAGGCGGGGAGAGCGUGGAGGUGCAACUGCUGUACAACACCUCCUACACCAGGCAGGCCUGCCUGGUGUCCUGCUUCCAGCAGCUGAUGGUGGAGACUUGCUCCUGCGGUUACUACCUGUACCCGCUGCCGGCUGGGGCUGAGCACUGCAGCUCUGCCCGGCACCCUGCCUGGGGGCACUGCUUCUACCGCCUCUACCAGGACUUGGAGACCCACCGGCUCCCCUGUGCCUCCCGCUGCCCCAGGCCCUGCAGGGAAUCUGCAUUCAAGGUCUCUGCUGGGACUUCCCGGUGGCCUUCAGCCAGGUCGGCUGACUGGACUCUGGCUGCGCUUGGUGAGCAGGGACUGCCACGUCAGAGCCAUGGGCAGAGGAGCAACCUGGCCAAAAUGAACAUCAUCUACCAGGAGCUCAACUACCGCUCUGUGGAGGAGGCACCCCUGUACUCGGUGCCACAGAUGCUCUCUGCCAUGGGCAGCCUCUGCAGCCUGUGGUUUGGGGCCUCUGUCCUCUCCCUCCUGGAGCUCCUAGAGCUGCUGCUGGAUGCUUUGGCCCUCACCCUGUUGAUGGGUGGCCGCAGGCUCCGCAGGGUUCUCCUGGCCAAGGGCCUGCCCUGCCUCGGGACUGUCCAACAUCAAGCUAGAGGCCAGCCAGAUGCCCACACCUGCAGGUGGGAAGUCAGCCAUUCAGGGCCUAGCGGGCCUCAUCUCCCAUGGAUGGUGCUUCACAGGCUCUGGUGAGAGUCUCAGCCAAAGAGAGCUGGGCUAGGCCCCGGCCCUUGAGACCCGGCACCUGAACCGGCCCCGCCAGGGCCCUCUCAUCUCUUAGCCUGGUCCUUGGAGCUGUGGCAGCAACAGGCUGCCCGGCUUCCUGGCUGCCCAGGGUGGGCCAGACCAGCGGCUAGAGCAGCACACGUGACCUGUUGGGCAGGCAGGCGCCGGGCAUGUCAGGGCCUCCGGUCAACCACCCACCCUCCCUAGGGUGGGUCUCCGGGAGGCCCAGGGCGGAGGGGGGUUCCCAUGUGCACAAGUGCGUCUGGAGGUGCUGACGUGCAGUGGCGCACCCGUGUGCGUGUCCACGUCUGACGCACCUCCGUGUCUGUCUGCACGUCCACACGUGAUGCGCCUGUGUGCACGUCUCGGUGUGUCCGUGUCUGACAUGCCCGUUUCUGCGUGUCCACGUCUGAUGCGCCCGUGUGCAUGUCUCUCUGCGUGUCCACGUCUGAUGCACCUACGUGUCUGCACGUCCACACGUGAUGCACCUGUGUGCACAUCUGCCUUGGCGUGUCCACGUCUGACGUGCCCGUGUGCGUCUGC